CGCAAAAGGAUCUUAUGAGACAGUCGAUAUUUAAUAACUUCAAAAGCCGAUUUACAAAAGUUAAUAAGUGAUUAUUCAUAUGAAAUACUGCAAUUCUAUUGGACAAACCUGCUUCAAACAUAUUGGAAGAAAUAAAUAAUGUUACUAGUAUAUCAUAUGAAUUAAUUGUUUAAUGUGAGGAAAGGAUUAUCAUGUCAUCCGAAAGGGUCAUUUAUUGUAGAGAUGUUUCAGAACGAGAAAGAAUCAGGAAUAGAACUGCAAAUGGACUUUUAUUGAAAAUUUAUGGCAAUAAAGAAGCGGGUGGAUAUAAUAGAAGAGAUAAAUAUGGAAACUAUAUGUAUUGUAAUGAGCGAACGGACUGCAGAAUAGCUAUUGAGGAGUUUCUUUGCACCGAUAUAUUAGAUUAUGUAAAACGGAAAGAUCCUCGAUUUAGCGGAAAGGUGCAUGGUGUCGGAAGUUGUUUCGCUGGAGUGUCUGUUUUAUCAAAUGAGGCCGAUCUUCUGUUUAUGCUAGAUAUUGAAGGGGUUCUUGUAGAAGACAAGGAAAGACCGGGUUAUGCAAAAUAUCGCAUUUCAGACCAAUGCUUAGAAAACUGGAAAGAUUGUGUAACGGAUGAUGGAUAUCUGAUGUCAAAGAAAUUGUCAGCAAUGUUUUACCACUAUGUAGAUGACGCUUUAAAAUCCGGUUUGCAUAGAAAGUUACCUUUGCUAGAAACUAGAUUCCUUCCAACCGUUUGCUUAUCAGGCCUCGGGACAAUAGCAACAACUCUAACGGUAACGUACAACAAUUCAGUUAUUAUUGACGUCGAUUUAGUAUUAGCAAUAAAUUGCAAAGGGCUACCAUCAUUAGCAAACGCAACGUGGCUUCAAGGAAACGCAGAGUGGCCUAACUCUGAAAUUGUUUCAAAAAUAAAAGCGUCCGGAUAUCAGCUUGUUUCAAAAGAACCGUUUCCCCUAACUGACGAAGAACAAACGACGAUCUGGAGAAUCUCCUUUUCUCUGGCUGAAACCAUGCUGAUACAGGACCUAGAUACAAGGAUCGGUUUUAGCACCAAACUAUGUUACGGUUUGGUUAAAUUUUUCAACUUGUGCUUCUUAGCUCCUCGCGCUAGGGAUAAAACGCCGCUCAUGAAAUCGUAUUACUUGAAGAUAAUAUGGUUGUAUGAAUGUCAAAAAUACCCAGACGAAAUGGCAUGGGCUUCCGAAAAGUUGGCGGAACGAUUUCUGUCAAUAUACCAGCAAGUGUACAACAUGUUAGAAGAGGAAAAACUCCCCGAUUUUUUCAUGCCGUCCGUGAAUAUUAUGACGUAUAAAAUAAGUGGUAUCGUAAAAAAUGAAAUACGAAAUUUGCUAGAUGACCCUGUAAAAACUUUUGAAGACUGGCUGUAUGACGGAAAAUAUUCUCUUUUUGAUAAUAGGCUUGUUUAAACGAGAAGGAAAAGAAGGAAAGCAAAAAAGUUAUAUUUAUUUAUGUUUAAAAAAUGGAAUUGCUUUAAUUUAUGUACUUGUGGCACACACUCUGAUUCAUAUAGGUUGCUUUUAACCCCUGCCCCAAACGUGUGUUCUCUUUAUUUUUGCAUGUAUAAAAAGUAAAUGGAAAUUGACUAAUCUAAUCUAAUUUAGGAAGUAAAAAAAAGUAAAAGCUAUUAAUAAAAAACGAAAAGCAUAUCUACACACGGACUUUAAUUAAAGUCCGUGAUCUGACAUUUGAAUUAACAAUUUAAAUAUAUUUUAGAUAAGCUUGGUUAUUUCGAGUGGUUUGGGAAUUCAUUAAUACGGAAGAGGUGAAUAAUCAUGAUUUUUAUCCAGUAUCACUCUUGCAGCACGUAUUUAUUUAUCUUGUUUGUAUGUAUGAACUACUAUUAUACCAUACCAAAGUACUCAUUCCUAAUCAAAAACUGGGUGGAUAUAUGCAAUGAACUAAUUUUUUCGCAUAUCUAAACUGAAAUAAAGUUUCAUUUGGAGGAAUAAAGUUAAUUUAGAGAUUUUUUCAUAAAGACUAUCAUUCUGGGUUUGCCAAGUAAGGUUUAGGUCCAAGUUUGGUCCAAUGCUUGUUUCAUUAUCCUUGUCACAAGGGACUUGUCGCGCGUUUCAGUAGCACUACGGGUUUCUCCAGGUAUCCACCCAGGCUAAACAAUAUUUUUAAUGCGCUUGUUAUGCGGUUUUAAUCAAAGGUGUGUUAAACAUGUUAAAACAAUAUAAAACAAAAUCAUAGCACUGUUAGGAUUUUCAAAAUUUUCAUAAUCAUUAUUGCCAUUCUCAAUUGAUUUAUUUAAACUUAUACUCAUCAAACUUUCUAAACUGUCUGUACGU